CCACAGCAAAGCCAAGCCAGUCAAGAACGAUGUCUCAUUUCUCAAAGCUACUCAAAGAAUCCAAAGUGGUCGGCUCGGUGGACACGAAACUAGAACAGGUCUACACCUCCUACAAUGGACAUCUCAACUCAAGAGACUUCGGCUUGAAGCGAUCACUCCCACCCAAACUGAGUCCGAGGUCACCAUGGAUCCGACUGAAAUCAUUGGACACACCCUAUCGGCAGGUCGAUUAUCGCUCGGCUGCGGCCGAAACAUCCCUUGUCCAGAUGUGGCGUCAGAUGGAGAUCGGGGUCAAGACCGCCAGGAAGAACCAUGCCCCACCUACUUUGGCACCCGAACCACGCCCGAUUCGAAUCGAAUUCAGCUGGUUUGAUGAGGGGAGUAGGGAGGCUGCACUCUCGGACGCCAGGGUUUCUGGAAGGUUUUCAGUAAACAGUGCUCAAUCAAACCCUCGAGCUGAAAAGGGAAGGAUGAAACAUAUUUGGCAGAUGCAUCAAUCUCAAUUCAACCAGUUCUUGGAAGUCAUGCGGACUCGAAGACAAGCAUUCAAAGAGUUCUUAGAGAAUAAGGAGAAUAAUCGAAAAUCAGCCCAACUUAAUGAUCCCGACGCACCAAAGGCAACAAUUGAUCUAUACCAAUAUGCGCAAGGAAACCCGGAUCAAAUCCGACGAGACAUAGAAGAAUUUCUCGAACAUGUUACUGAGAACGAAACGGUUGAAGAAACAAAUCUAGACAUACUUCCGAUGACUCAUCCCAAUCUCGGGUUGAAUUAUGCACACUUUGAUCAGCUGCACAACGAACGCUUAACACCCGCGAUCCCGGGAAGAAUACUGGAUCAAGCCGAUAUCAAGUCGAGUCGACAGAACGUGAGCUUUGCGGGGAUUGUGGGCUCUCUCCAGCGUUCAUCUCACAUCGACCUACCCUCGACCUCCUUCGAGCCUGAUUCGAACGGAUACCAUAAUCUGGAGCAAGGCAAGGCGAAGUUCAGGGUCGAGUCAGCUUCGAUUGACCCCUACGAUUUACCGAGCGAAUUCGACUUCCAAGGAUUCAAUAACCAAGUCGACCAGCCGGUCCGAUACCAUGACCCCAGAGACAAACCAAGAGCUCUAGGGACGAACCGAUUGAAGGUGAAUGUCAGAGAAGGCACUCACAGUGAUUCGACUCGAGUCAACGCUCAGACCAAGAUCGGUAGUAUCGACUGGGUCGGAAAUCCUCCACCUAAACGACAGGGUACCAUCGUCCUCGACUUCCUUAACUCGAUCACUCGCAACUUCCAACCCACUUCAUCAUCUACCUCAUCAAACCCUAAUAAUCCGGCUGCCAAUGAUUCGACUAGACAACAGGCAUCAUCUGCAGGCGCUAAUAAUCAGAAAAAUCGGUUCGGCCAGAUGCAGAAUGAUCAAUUGAUGAAGGUUCUUAAAGGCUUGGUCGGGAAACCACCAUCUGACUCUGGAUCUAAUUAAAAGCAUUCUCUUUCUUUUCGUAUAAUAAAUGAUUGUUCAAUCAUGAACCUGAUUGGGUUUUUUUGCUGCAUCCACAUGUAAUCAAAGCUACAAAACAAGACAUAAAACCUAACUUGGUCCAAUGUAACCUGAGAAAGUCUU